AAGGUAAUUUCCUUCAAUCCUCACUACAGGCAGUUCUUAUGUAUUUGAAUAAUUAUGUAUGUCUUGUACAUUGUAUUAUUUUCUUGCAUUUCUUUUAGUGAAGUCUCUGUUUCUUGUAAAAGAAUUUAUUGCCGUAUGUUUUCCACUGCUGCUUAUGUGCGUAGUGAGUUAUCAUGAUAUGUUCUUACCUUUUCUUUUUCCUUUUGUUUUAACAUUACUUUUAUAGGCUUGCGUCAGUUUUAUGAUAUGGUAAACAUUAUCCCACCAAAAUGAGGUAGAGGAUAUAGGAUAUUGGUGCAGUUCUGAUGGUUUGACUCCAUUUUAUAUUUAGUUAUUUUGCAUAUCUAUGGGCUUUAUCCCAUGGUAUACCUUCUGCUUAUACUAUUUUCAAAAAACAAAAAACCGCAUACAAACAAUCUCUAUUGAUGAUUGCAACUUGUAUCAGUGAUUUUGACUGAUGUCAUUGAUUGACUUUCCAAUUCCAUACAUGUCUUGUCGGAGCUGGUCCUGAUGGGAAACACACAGCAUUAGAAGCAGUUACCAUAGUUCUUCAUUUACCACCACCACAACCUGGGUCAAUGCUGGGCAUUACGUCAGUAGACAGGGUAUCUGCGUCUGAUCCAAAGUCAGCUCUGGCGUUACAGAGAUUAGUACAAGCAGCUGUAUGGUUUCUAGGAGAAAAUGCAAACUAUGCUGCUUCUUAAUAUGCUUGGGAAUCCUCAAUUCCUCCUGGUACUGCAUUGAUGAUGCUAGAUACAGAUAAAAUGGUUGUUGCUGCCAGUUCUCGUAAUCCUACUCUGGCUGGGGCGUUGACUAGGCUUCAGAGAUGCGCGUUCAGUGGCUGCUGGGAGGGAAAUACGCAGCCAUGACAAUGCUAAUAAGGAAUGGACAGAUGCAGAACUUAAGAAACUAUAUGAAACUCAUGAACAGUUGCUUGAUCUUGUUUCGCUGUUUUUGUUACGUCCCUAGAGCAAAGUAUCUGCCAUUGGGGCCAAUAAGUGGAAAACUUAUCGACAUCUACCGCACGCGGCACAAUAUUAGUGCAUCAACUGCUUUGAGUGAUCCAGCUGUUGCUACUGGAAUUUCUGAUCUUAUGUACAAAUCUAAACCAGCACCUGAAGAUCCUGAUGUGCUUGAUGAUGACCUUGUAAAUGCUUGGGCUGCAAACCUUGGUGAUGACGGACUCUUAGGAUGUCACACCCCCAUCCCGACCUACGCCCAGGAUCGCCACGUGAUGUCAUUUAAUACUCGAACAUCCAAUAUACCCCGCCUCCAAGACAUGAAAUAAGACCACUCAAGGUCCAAAUUUCAUAAUAAUUUUUCGUAA